UCUCAAUCCUUAGUCAUUCCGUCACAACUUUACUAGAGAGAAACAAUUCUCUUUUCUUGACUCUCUUAAAUCCGCCAUGGCCGGAGCAGCCGGGACCACCAUCCUCGCAUUCACCAUUCUCACCCUUUCAUCCCUUCUCCUUCCCACAAACUCGGAUCAGUUCUCAAGAAAACUGAACAAACGAGAAAUGGGGAUAUCAACGAAGCGAGAGAAGCUAAGCCACCUCCACUUCUACUUCCACGACAUCGUCAGCGGCCGCAACCCCACCGCCGUUAUUGUGGCCGAGGCCGCCGCUACCAACUCCUCCGCCACCGGCUUCGGCAUGGUGGUGAUGAUAGACGACCCCCUCACCACCGGCCCCAACGUGAGCUCCAAGAUCGUGGGCCGGGCUCAGGGGCUCUACGGCUCUGCCGACUUGACUGAGUUCGGCCUUCUGAUGGCGCUCAAUUUCGUGUUUUUGGAGGGAAAAUUCAACGGCAGCACGCUGAGCGUGCUGGGCCGGAACGCGGCGAUGGCUGCCGUGAGGGAGAUGCCGAUCGUCGGAGGCAGCGGCGUGUUCCGGUUUGCGAGAGGGUAUGCUCAGGCGAGGACUCAUUUCAUUAACAUGAAAACAGGGGACGCUAUUGUGGAAUAUAAUGUCUAUGUUUUGCAUUAUUGACCAUCUUUUUUUCCUUUGUUGUUUUAAUUUUCUUUAGUAGUCUUACAUGUGUUUGGACUUUGGACUUUGGACUUUGGAGUCAUACCAAAAUUGUAACGAAUAAUCUUGUCUUGUUUGUUGGACUAAUAAGAUUGUUGGAUGUUAA